UUAGUAGUGCAAUCUGAGGAUCACAUGUCCUGGCGCAUGACUGUAAAUAUAGCUGGUACUGUUGUUGUGUUUUGGACUGUACGAUCUGUGUAAUUUGGACACAGUUAUUAGUUUAGUUAUCGGUAUUUGGUAUUUAAUAUAGGUGAGUGUUUUACUCUCGGCUGGGUUUAAUCAGAGAUUCGUCUAUAGUUUAUUAUUUUGGAGUUUUCCAUGUUCGGAUAGCGGGACUGCAACCACAGCUGGUUUAUGGAGAGACUGCCAACUUCUUAUAUCAGAAACUUACUUUCAACCGCUAGAGGGAGCCUGCGAGUGAGUCCAAAAUGAAUAGGGGUGCAUGGAGCUAAACUGUUAAAAUCUCAAAUUUUAAGUAGUUACUAUCCACUUAGCCCGGAUAUUUUUUUUAAUUUUGGAAAGAUGGAUGAUGUAUUUUACUAAAAAGGCUAAGAAAGCUUACAUAUAUAUUUCAAUAAACGGGUUUAGGCAGUAAAGUUGCUAGCAUUACUGCCACUGUGAGAUACAGUCAGCUACGGGAGUUACAGGCAGAGAACUGACUGAGUUAAUAUCUGUAGUUUAAAGCUUUAAUAAUAAAUCAGCAUUGCUAAAAUAUUUUGUAUUAUUAUUAUUUUGUAUGUUUUGAGAAAAUUAGUAUUUUAAUAUCAAAAAUAUUAUUUUUUUAUAAAAUCAGUUUUUUUUCAGUUGCUCCAAAAUAACCCAUUCAUUUUGAAGUGGGAAUUCUCUAUUAUAGACUCUUUGCUGCAGCUCCCAGCAGCCCACAAGUUAUUUAAUAAACCCCCACUGCACAGUGUAACGGCACGCCGCUGUGUGUGUAUGUGUGUAUGGGUGUGUGAGUGGGCUGGGGUCUGUCAGAUGGAACAGUGGGAGAAGAUACAGUUUUUUUUAGGUUGAUAGUUUUUAAUCUGAGAUUUAGGAAGAAAAACGAACACACACACCCCGCAGGAGUCUCGUGUCAGGAGGAAGCAGCGCGUGAAGUGGUUCAGGAUGUACUUCGAAGUGUCCAGCAGUGUUACGCUGCUCUUCAAGUUCUGGAGUGUACAUGGAGCUGGAGGGAUGGUUCUGUCCGUUUUCGUGGUUCUGCUGCUCACAGUAAUCUAUGAGCUCCUGAAGGUGUGGAAGACCACUCUGGACAAGCAGGUGGAAAAUCAUUCAGCCCCCGCCAUCCCUGCUGCCUUCUCGCCGACUCCCCACUGUUUAUCUCCAGAGCUGACACAUCCAGACAGCACAGCCUCACUAAACAACAGCCCCUCAGAGAUCUCUCUGGCUCCUACUGAGAAUACAAGCACCACAGCUGCCAACACCUCCACUGUAAACAGCUGGCUUCUUCACAGCCUUCAGACCGUCCUGCAUGUUGUGCAGGUGGUCCUGGGAUACAUGCUGAUGCUGUGCGUCAUGUCCUACAACGUCUGGAUCUUCUUGGGGGUCAUUAUGGGAUCUCUCCUGGGCUAUUUCCUGGCUUUUCCUCUUCUUGGUCAUAUUAAAUUUGUUCUUGGGAGUCGAGAAAGCAAGGCAUGAGCUGAUAGAGUCUUUAGGAUAUAUUUUAUUGGUUUUAUUUUAUAUUGGUGUAACACACUGCACUGAGAGAUGCAGUCUGAUAUAGUGUGGGUCUGCAGCCUCACUGCCUGAGUACAGCAGGUACCGUUUUUACUGUUUUGCCUCUGCACGUACAGUAUAGGCUGUUUUGAAUAGUGUAUGGGGUGUGUCCAUAGAGGUAUGAGUCCUAUUGUGUUUUAAGUGGAAAAUUUACUGAAUGUGAAAUAUAAGACUGCUGGUAGUUUGAGAACAGUGGCAGCUUGAACAGGACCUGUGUGGGAACCUUUCUGUCAACUCAUCAAAUCAAAUCAAAUGUAUUUGUAUAGCGCUUUUUACAACUGGUGUUGGCACAAAGCAGCUUUUCAGAAACAUGAUUACAGGACAAAGAAUCAGGCAAAACAUUAAACAUAGAAUAUACAUAAUACAGAACCCCCAGUGAGCGCGGAGGCAAGGAAAAACUCCCUCAGAGCUGCAGGAGGAGGAAGAAACCUUGGGAGGACCAAGACUCACAUUAAAGGGGGGACCAUCCUACCACUACCUAACUCAUGUCCUGCAGUGUUUAGAAUAAUGUUUUCUCUCUUUAAUCUCCAUCAAAGCAGGUUGUUUGUAGACACACCACUAUUUUGUGUCAUGUUAGAUGAACUGUGUAAUUAGUGGUUACCCUGAGUACAUGGUGUCAGUCCUGAGACACCUGAUUCACUGUCCAAACAGUCUACACCUUUACGGUUCAGCCCUGCUAAUAUGUGUUUUUACUCACAGACUGGAACACUUAAUCUGUCUCUCAGCAAAACAACAAAUGUCCUGCUAGGGAUGAGUUAACUUCUCUAUCAAAUGGUUUUGGUCAGACAGGGAGAUUUUGUGGUUACAGCAGUUUCUAGCUCGUGACGUACAUCAUGGCCCUUUAUGAGUAACAUUUUCUCUACCGGAAAUAGGAGUGAGUGGGAUUGUUGUUGGAUGUUAUAAAAAAAAAAUCAUGUGGCCUUAGCUAAUGUUCACCAGCAAUAAUUGUAUUGUGUGUGUGUGAGAGAGAGAAAGAAGGAGAGAGCAUGCUUUUAAAAAAAAGGAAAAAGAAAGCUGGAAAAAAUGUAAGAAUUUUUUACUACUGAUCACUCACUACUGUUUUCUAGCUUCAUUUUUAUUAAAAUGGGUUGACAACUA